AUGCAAGCGACGCAGGACCACGCAACGACAACGACUGGGCCAAACCUGGCUCCUCUGUUCAUUCCAGGAGUCACCCGGGGCUCUUUGCCUGUUGGCUUGCUUCCUCCUCUCGACAUGCCUCUUACCUUCCUGCCCCAGCCGUCUCCAUCUCGAGCGGGAAAGCGCAGUCGUGCAGCCGCUGAUAUUGACGGCGAGCACUCUUGUUUGCAGAAGAAGAAACGCCGGCUCAGAUUGCUCCUCAUCACUUCACGACUGUCGCCACAGUUUUCUCACCCCGCCACCAACAUCGUCGAUCGGGGUAGCUCCAAGAUCGCCGUAUGGGCCAAGCAGAAAGCGCUUGGCAGGAACCUGCUGCGCAAAGCGGCAAUCUUGAAUCGAAUACGGCGUCAAACCAUCGCAAGUAGUCGAGGAAGAGGCAGUCGGGACAGCCGAUCGCCAGUGCAGCAAGAGAAGGAACGAGAGCAAUUGCAACUGGCCAAGCUGGAAUUCGACCAUGGCGCCAUCGACACCUAUACACGCCCCGUACACUCGACAACACAUUCUGUCCCGCCUACUGCAGCUGUCAGGACAGGCAAGCACUUUAUCGUUUCUGCCUCUCCAUCGUCCUCGCCCAGUCCCUCGCCCACUUCCUCCUCACCACCCCUGAAAGCAAAACCAGAGAAGAGCACAUCAACGCCAACCUACCGCUCUCCAAAUGCAGCCUACGCCUUCUCUCCGCAGCGAGCACAAGCCUCGUGCCGAGACCACUCCCCCCUUCCUCCGUCACCACUUGGACUCUCAAACUACGACGCUUUCGAUCGGGAGGGAGGUCCAAAUCGAUACAAUCGCUUCGACGAUGACGACGACGAACUGCAAUUCCUGAUCCCCUACAACGAUGACGAUGGAGACGACGACGACGUACCCUUCUCCCCCUCUGCAGCAACAUCAACAUCCAUUACAAUGGCGGCAAAAAGCACUGACCAAGCCAUACCAAGCCCCCUCCUACCCCUAUCCCCCAACCUCAAGCCCCUCGAUCCCAACGACUCCGUCUUCGGAGCGUACGACCGUGUCGACGACAGCGUGGAUGAGACGUGGCCGACGAUAAUAUCUCCUCCACAAGUCCAACCUCUUCCCGCCCUCACAAACGGGCGCGUCAUGGACAAGGAGCACGGAUUCUUUUGCCGUGUCACCGAACCUUGGCCCGAGGACAGUGAAGCCUCCUUUUCCAUCUACCUCUACGUUGACUACGAAAUCGCCAUUUACGACGCCAAGCCCAAGUUUGAGCUCGAACCUCCUCGUAACUAUUCCAACUUCACAAUCUCCCAACUUCACAUCGACGACUACAUUAGCAUCAACAUCGACAUCAACAUUGACAUCAAGACCAACUCCCCUACUCCCUCGAACAUGCCCAUGCCCACCCCAAAAUACAAGCUCCAUGCGCAGCGGCAUCGGCAUUGCGUCUCCGCUCAGUCAUCCCGCCAACGCCGUGGUCUGGGAUGCACAAUCGCAGUCUGGUCGUGA